ACAGAAAAAUGUGUAAUGCUGAUUCUCAAUAUACUUAGGAUAUAGAUUGCAAGCAAAUUACAAGCGAGCGGAGAAAAAUAAGAAAAAGAUAAAGAGGCCAACAACUCAUAAUUUCUUUUCUGUUGUAACCUGCGAAGAUGACGGACUUGUCGAAAAAAGCGAUUCUGAUCGACGGACGCGGACAUCUUCUCGGCCGCCUAGCGUCUGUGAUUGCAAAGCAGAUUCUGAAUGGGCGCAAUGUUGUGGUUGUGAGGUGCGAGGAUUUGCAGCUGUCCGGUCACUUCUUCAGGAACAAAAUUAAGUUUCUUGCGUAUCUGCGUAAACGAUGCAAUGUGAACCCGGCCCGUGGCCCGUUCCAUUUCCGCGCACCAAGCCGAAUGCUGUGGAAGGCGGUUCGUGGCAUGGUUCCCCACAAAACAAAACGAGGCCACAACGCAUUGAAACAAUUGAAAGUGUACGAAGGCAUUCCGCCACCGUACGACCGACAGAAGCGUCUCUGUGUGCCGAUUGCAAUGAGACAACUUUGUCUUCGUCCCGACAGAAAGGUAAGACAUUUUUAAAUGACUAAUAAGCGGAAAAAAAUUGGUUUGAAGUUACGAUGAUUGAAACGUUUUUUUAUAUAUAUAGUUUCAUUUUUGUAAGCAAGGUUAUGUGAAAUGUUUAGCAAAAAAGGUUAUCCAGUGAUUUUCAACUGACAUAAGUGGAGAUUAGAUAAAGGACAUUAACAAUAAAAAUAGUAAUUUUAUUUGGCAACGUUCUCCUGUUAGUUGGACUUUUUAUUAUGCUUGAGGUACAUAGGUAUAUUCCCCCUAAAUUGUUUGGGAACAUGUAAAUAAUUCAUCAACAAUAUCUAAUUACCCUUUUAAAAGUGAGUUUUUUCGGACCCGAAUUAAGUGGUCCUUAACGCAAAUAAAUAAAAAGUGAGUUUAAUUGAAUUGAACGAAAUGAACUUUACAGGUUUCUAUGUAUGUAGUUAUCUCUAUCGAGAAAUUAAAAGUGAGAGUGUGUGCAACAUGGAGUUAAACUUUCUGUGAAGUUGCUGUGAAGGUUACCAUGGCACUUUGAAAAGUUUAACUCCAUGUUGCACGCACACACUCUCACAUUUAAUUGCUCGAUUGUUUCUUUAAGUAUUAAUUCUAGAUUAAAUUUUCUAAAUAGUAAUAGUAAUAGUAAUUUUAUUUGGCAACGAUAUCAUGUUAGACUUUUUAUCAGGGCAAGGAUGGACCUAUCCCUCAUGGGUUUCCUAUGCAGAUAGGGCCUUUUGAAAAUUUAAUCGAGAAUUGAUAUUGCUGCAGUUGAUUUUAUUGGGAGCACUUACUUUCUUGACCUGAUAAAAAGUUGUAAACUAACAGGUUAUCGUUAUAAAUAUACGCACAAAUUACAAUCACAAAUUAUGGGUCAAAAAGUUAAUUACUAAAACCAGUAUUACAGCACUAGUAAUAUGCUAACAAACAAUAUGUAUCUUAAAAAAAAUAUUUUAAAAUGUUCAAAGCCGCCAUUACAGUAUCAAAAACAAACUAGACAAUACACGCACCUUUUUGGUGCUUGACAGUUUGCCUGCUCCGCCAUAUUGUUUGCGGAAAAGUUUGUUAACAAACAGUUUGCGAGUUUGGCAAACUAGUUUGCAGGCAAACAAACAGUUUGUUCAAAAUUUCAUACUGUACAUUUUUGGUUGACCUUCAAUAAAUAAAAAAAAAACAUUAAAUCUCGAUUAAAUUUUCAAAAGGCCCUAUCUGCAUAGGAAACCCAUGAGGGAUAGGUUGUUUUGAAAAUUUAAUCUAGAAAUAUUCUAGAGCCGUGUUUUUGGUAAAAAUAUUAAUUCAGGGUGGCCACCAGAUUUCGAUUUUUAAUUUCCCGGUUUUCUUCCGAGAUCAGAAGGAAUAUUCCGGAAUGUUUUUAAAUCAAAUUACAAUGUUGUUAGGCUAACGUUAGUAUCAUCAUACUUUUUGAACUCAUACAUUUGAAUUCCUCAAGAAAGCUUUCAAAUAUCAUGAGUACAUAGCAAGUAAGUUGAGCAGUUCUCUCAGAUUUCGGUCAUUCGAUUUUUUUUUGUAUUUUUUAAUCCGGCUGAAACUUUUUUGGUGCCUUCGGUAUGCCCAAAGAUGCCAUUUUGCAUUAUUAGUUUAUCCAUAUAAUUUUCAAUACAAAUUUGGCAGCUGUCCAUACAAAAAUUAUGUAUGAAAAUUCAAAAUCUAUAUCUUUCGAAUGAAUUUUUUGAUCGAUUUGGUGUCUUCGGCAAAGUUGUAGGUAUGGAUACGGACUACACUGGAAAAAAUGUUACACGUUAAAAAAAGAUUGGUGAUUUUUUAUUUAACUUUUUGUCACUAAAACUUGAUUUGCAAAAAAACACAAUUUUUUUUCGUUUUUUGAUAUGUUUUAGAGCAGCGAUUCGGGCCUACUUGAUUUACAUGGCAGGGGGUACCAGCCUAGAAGAAGGUUGAGAAUCGCUGUUUUAGAGGACAUCAAAUGCCAACUUUUCAGAAAUUUCCAGGUUGUGCAAAAAAUCUUUAACCGAGUUAUGAAUACUGAUUUUUUCAAAAAAUCGAAAUAUUGGUCGCAACAUUUUUGCAACUUCAUUUUUCGAUAAAAUCAAAUUUGCAAUCAAAAAGUACUUUAGGCGUCAUCCAUAAAGUAUGUCACGCUCUAGGGGGGGAGGGGCAAGUGUGACAUUGCAUGUUAUAAGUACAGGAAAAGCGUGACAAAGGGGGGAGGGGGGUAAAAUUUGGCUGAUUUUUGCGUGACGUACUUUAUGGAUGAAGCCUUAGUGAAAUUUUGAAAAAUUGCCCCGUUUUCAAGUUAUAGCCAUCUUUAGGUGACUUUUUUUUUUAAAUAGUCGCAGUUUUUCAAUUUUUAAAAUUAGUGCACAUCUUUGCCCACUUCUGAAUGAAAUAUUUUCGAAAAGCUGAGCUGAAUUCUCAAUAUUUUGCUUUUUUCAACUUUGUUGAUUCGACCCUUAGUUGCCGAGAUAUUGCCAUGCAAUGGUUUGAAAACAGGAAAAUUCACUUUUUGAUUGCAUUUUUUUUAUAUUAUUGAGACUUCACACCAUUGUGCAUUCAUCUCUUCAAAGUGGAUAGCGAAAGAGGAAAGAUUACAGAGUCUAGAAUCACUUGUCUGGCUAUAUUUCAAUAAUUGUUACCAUGCCUUUUUUCUAACGAUUUCUGACUAUGUUUCAAAUAUUUAGCAGAAUAUUUAGAGAGUGAAUUAUCAAGUUCUUCAAGUUUAUCUUUGUCCUCUUCUACCAGGGAUUUAGAAGUUAUCUCACAACACUUUUUCUUAUAAUAUUUUGCUUUUAUGACAUCUUCGUCUUCUUCAUCUGUUUCUUCUGCAGCCAUCUCUCUUCGUUUUGUUCUUAAUUCGUCAUCCGCGUCCAAAUAUGCCUGUAAGCGCUUCCGUGUUUUGCGAGUGUGCUUAGAAAGCACGGUCUCGAAUCCAUCGUUGUCUUCUUCGUCGAUUUCACUUGUUUGCAUUGCAUAUAGGUCAGGUUCACUGUUGUUGCUUUUACUGCUGCUGCUGCUUGGCUCAGGUUCAAUCGGUGGUGUACUGCUUUUUUGGUUCACCUUUUUACUCGAAUCUGCACAUUUUUUGAUCUUUGCUUUGAGUUUGCAAAGCGUUUUUUUUUUGCCUAUAAUCGUCACUGCUGCAGCAGCAUUGUUUACAGUGAUUGAUUUCGGCGUUGGCUAUUUCAGCAACAUCCGCAGGGUCCGAACUCCAUUUGGGAUCCCUGGGAAAAAGUUAAUCCAGCGAUAAAAUUUGCAAAUUACGGGUGGUCGUCUUAUCUUACCCCCGGAGGAAGUGGCCGUCUUGCCCUCAAAUAACUUUUUUUUUUUUUUGAAACAUUUUUUUUAAACUAUUCCGAUGUAGGGAAAACUUUCAAAAAAAUUAACAUGAAAAAUAUUUGAAGACAGGAAAACCCUGGAGAGGAGCCACACGUUGCCGUCGUUUCAGGGCUAUUUGCCAAGAUGGUUUCCGAUGUUGAUAUACAUCACACAUUUUUUUUUAUACUUAUACAGGGGAAAUAUGCCCGUUUUAAUCACUCUAAGCCGUUCGACCAAUUCUCAUCACUUUUGCCGUUUUCUGCUAUUAAAUCAACAUUUUCAGAUGUAUCAACAAUGGAUAGUUGCUUGCUCACUUUUGUUUGAGCUACUUAUUACUCUGGAACAGUCAAAAACACUUUUAAAAAGCUGUAAUUCAUGAUCAAAGUGCUGA